AUGGUGGUGCCAGUGGGCGGACUGGACAGACGUGGCCCCCGCCCCGCCAUUAGUCAGGUGGGAUCAAGGAUAACCCGGGCGAGGGACAGACCUCGGCGUGUGACGCAGCCUGUUCCAAGGGUUACGGGACGCCAGGAGGCCAGGCCAGUACAAUCCAGUCUGGCUCUGAGCUCGCCCAUCAGGGACAGCCCCGAAGCCGCCUCAGGGUGCCAUUACGGUAGAUUUAAUCUGAUCCAAGAUGGCUGCUCUCUAGUUUGUUCCAUAAGUUCCAGUACGGAGCAAGGCUUUCUCUUAUUGCUGUGCGCCUCCAGGCUGACAAAGGGGCGAGUCAGAGGAAGUUGGUCAGGUGAUGCAACUCACCUCGGCGCCGCCAGCGAGCGUGUGGAGCAGCGGCAGGAUGAGGCGGGGCGAGGCGGGGCACGCGGCGGCGGAGCGACAGGGAGUGAGCGCCGUCACCGCCUCGCUCAGGUGGUCUGUCACGCAUCGAUUGGCCGUGACUCAAGUGCCUCCACCGUGCCUGUGACGCCCGCCGCCUCAGCCCUGCCUGCCUCCCUGUCUGAGAUGCUGCCUUGGUACAUGCUGGACACCACCUUCGUCAUCACCUUCCUGGACCUCUGCUGCAGCUCUCCAGUGACCCACCUUCCUGGACCUCUGCUGCAGCUCUCCAGUGACCCACCUUCCUGGACCUCUGCUGCAGCUCUCCAUGACUCGUCCCCUGUCAAAACUUUCUCGUCAGACUUGUGUGCUAAUUGUUUUUAGUACUAAGCAGCCAAAGUUAAAAGUCCCAGACUUCCUAACUUUUCUUCUUUUUUUUUUUAAUAUUUUUUCCUGAUGUAGUAUUGAGCAUUUGUUUAGGGAGACUCUUUGAAGUAUUGUAACACACAGGUGGCAAUAAAUUUAAAAUUCAUUUGACUUGGAGAGAGACUUUGAGGUAUUGUCAACCUACCAGCAGCUGUGUCCCCACACAUGUGCAACCACUGA